UAGAAACUUGUAUAAAAACGGAUUGAAAAAAAAUUGUUUAUCCAAACUGCUUAUCUUCGUGAGAUAAACUUAUUAUAACAAUGCUUCCACUCGCCUUGAUUGCCGUUCUUCUAUCCUGUACCUAUGGUCAGACUGCCAUUGAGAAGGACCCGACCAAGGUCUGCUUUCCCGACACGCUUCAGUUCGUGACCUUUAACCUCAAUACAGAUGAAGCAGGAAUUGAAGCAGUUGAUUUUAAGCGGAACAUGUUAGGCAGUGUGACACCGAGCAGGACCUUAGUACAGGACUACAAUGCGAGGAAAACAUAUCUACUAAGCGCUGACGGCAACUGUCAAGUAUUUGACAUCCCAGAGGAUACAAUUUUCACUAAAUGUCUACCAGCCAGGGCCGUGUUUGUAGGUGAGGCUAACUGGGGCUUCGCACCUAACCUUCUCCCAGAAGAUGGCUGGCAGUUUAGCUACAACGGCGGUGAGCUUAGAGUUUUGGUGACGAAGCAGCCAGGUCAACCUCGUUACAUCAUGAUGUCCAAGUUUGUAGAAGCGAAUGGAAACUACACUGUCACCAUGUAUCUCAACCCAAGUGUGACUAUAACACAAGCCAACAUCUUUGAUGUGCCCAAACAAUGCGCCUCGAAGUGCCCCCCAUCAAUUGAACUUUGAAUCAAUUAUUGCCCUUUCAUUUAUUAACUUUUCAGUUCAAAAUGUUUUAACAGAAGUAUUAUAUCACUUUAUUUCAAAAUGUAUUUAAAAUCUCUAUUAACGCAACAGUUUUGAAAGAAAAAAUUAUUUGGAUUAGCCUAAAUGAAUUUCUAUAUAAAGUAAAUCUAUUUACAAACAAAACUUACAUUAGAUAUAUUAAAACCAAGAGUACCUUCGAA